UCCCCCCAUACAAUUUACACAUGAGACACUGUUAAUAUGCACAACAAAAGAGACCGAAAGAGGUCAUGUACAACCAGCAACGUUACCUUAUCUUUUUCCAAUACAUUGGAACAAAAUACAGUGGCGCAGUCAAAGUACCUCCACAUCAACUGGAGAAAAAGGGUGUCCAAGAUCACUUAGAGGAUGCAUUAAGAAGACUGAGGCCACUCAACCCAGUGUCUUUGUCCAUUUCCAGCAGGACAGACAGAGGCGUCCACGCUCUCUCCAACUCAGCCCACUUUGAUUUCCAGCGCAAGAACGACAAGCCACCGUUUACUGAGGAGAUUUUAGUUGAGGCGCUCAAUUUCCACCUCAAGGCUGAGCAAAUUAGCGUUACCCGCGCCUAUCGUGUGCCUGAUGAUUUCCACGCCCGUUUCCGAGCACUCUCCCGGACGUAUGUCUACCGCAUCGCCCUGGGUGUCUCUCAGCCUGCUCAGCUUCCCCUCGGAGAGCGCGACAUGUGCUGGAAUCUCCGCCACACGGAGCUCGAUGUGGAGGCCAUGAGGGAGGCAGCAGCCAUGUUGGUCGGAACUCACGACUUCAGCAGCUUCAGGGCAGUUAACUCCGACAUGCCUUUUAGAAACCCAGUGAAGACGCUUGAUGUCGCCAGCAUACAGCCAGGAAGAGCGUUUGUAUGUGAGCACUUCCACAGAGAAAUUCCAUUCUGGGAGUUGACUUUUCAAAGCAAAUCUUUUCUCUACAAGCAGGUGCGAAGAAUGACGGGAGCCCUCGUGGCCGUGGGCCAGGGAAGGAUCUCACUUACCAAGCUGAAAGACAUCCUGGAGUCUCGAGACUCUCUCGCUUAUCCACACAAUGUCGUUGCUCCAGCCCGCGGCCUCUUCCUCACCAGGGUGGAUUACAGAGAGUCAGAUCUGCUGCCGUCACCGCCAACCUCAACUGGAGACUCGAGUGAUGCACAAACUCAAAUGUGAACGUCCGUGUAUUAAAAAUGUUUUAUUUAA